AUGUUGGGCAUGCGCCGCCUGUUUCCCGGCACCUCGCUGCAUCUAAAGCUGCUGCUGCCGCUGCUCGCGGUGUGUUGCUCCACCGGCGUCGUCGUCCGUGCUGCCGUCCAGGAGAGCACGGCGAGGUCCAUCCAGAUGGUAAACCGGUGUGGGCCGUUCCUCGGCGUCGUCGUGCCCAACGCCUUCGAGAUGGAGCCCCUGCUCCGGUCACCCAGUUUCUCGCCGGCGAAAGGCCUGCCUCCGUACCUCGACGUCGCAGGGAGAAGAUUUCGCUUUGGCAUCAUCGGCGAGCAGAAGGUUGUCAUUGUCAUGACAGGCCUUGCCAUGCUCAACUCCGGGGUGACCACCCAACUCCUCCUCGCGCUCUUCGACGUGAAGGGAAUCGUGCACUUCGGCAUCGCCGGGAACGCUGACCCUAACCGACAGAUUGGCGAUGUCGCCGUGCCACGGUACUGGGCUCACACCGGCCUUUGGAACUGGCAGCGCUACGGCGAUGGACCGGACAAGGAGCUCGCCUUGGAAUCCAACGGUGACUACACCAGGAAACUCGGCAACCUCAACUUCACAGACUUCAGUGUCGACAAGAACGCCCGCUCCGACGGCGGCAACCUGCUCAACAGCGUGUGGUACCAGCCGGAGGAGGUGUUCCCAGAGAACGGCACGCCCGAGGUCCGCGGACACGAGUUCUGGGUCCCCGUCGAUGGCUACUACUACGACAUGAUCUCGCGGAAGCUGGAGGGGCUCAAGCUUGAAGGCUGCGUCAACAACGGCACGACGACGUGCCUGCCGCGGCGGCCGGUGGUUGCCAUGGUGGAGCGCGGGUGCAGCGCCAGCGUGUUCGUGGACAACGCCGCGUACCGGGAGUUCCUGAGGUCCAGGUUCGGCGUCACGGCAAUUGACAUGGAGACGGCCGCCGUCGCGCUUGUGGCGCUGCAGCAGGGGGCGCCGUUCAUCGCAAUAAGGGCGCUCUCUGACCUAGCCGGCGGUGGCACGGCAGAGUCUAACGAAGCGGGAGUGUUCGCGCCACUGGCGGCCCAGAACGCGGUGACGGUGGCCGUCGAAUUCAUAUCCCUCUUAUAA